CUCGUUGGCUUUACAUCGCACCUUGUUGCUGUUCGUUUUUAUGAUGGCUUCACUUUUUAUAGCAUCCCGCUAACAAUUGACCUGAUUUUGCGGACACUGUCAACCCUUUGGCACUCUUCACACAUUCACACACAUUACCGUAAAAAUACAUCAGAGGGCUGAUACCAAAGUAUACCCAUAUAGAGGUAUUAUUGAGCACCACCAUUUUGUGUAAAUUUGUCCUUUGAUAGAACAUGAAUUUCAACUUGACGACAGCCAACGAACGAAGCUGCCAAAGUUGAGUUUUGUGAAGCUCAAAUUAAAUCAGCAAUGGCAACCGAAACGGAACCAAACGUCACUCAACUCCACAGUCUUUGACAUUGAUUGGAUUAAGCCGAGAAGAGUUGCUCUGGAAAGCCAGCUAGCUGACUGGGCCAUAACCGCGUUAAGAAGAGCUUUCUAAUCAUUGGCAGCCACUUGCACUAAUUGCCAACAGGAUGAAAAAUCAAAACAAAGAAAGAGAGGGAGAGAGCAGCAAGCAUAGAGCAACAAGCAAUAUUCAGCUGUGUAUAUCUGGAGAGCUCUUCAUCCAUGCCAGUGAAAUGAAAACCAAGCUGCUGCCAGCCAAGCAUUGAAGGCGAUAAUGAAAUAUCGCCUGUUGCGCAAAACCGAGCGAUAAACGCAAUGGUUGAGACGCCACGCCGUAGCUGCCUCAACGGUUUGAAGAGCAGUUGACAUGCAACUGUCGCUAUGGAGUGUCGCCGUUUAUUGAAUUUCCUGCUGCCAUUGAUGCUAGGCAUAUCUGGCACAUGGCUGCUGCCCAUAUCCCCCUUGGAGUUGAUGGAGUUUGACUCGAGGUUUCUGGCACAAGUGCUGCGCAAUGUGAAUGCCAGCGUUGAGCCUUGCGAGGAUUUCUAUGGCUACGCCUGUGGUAAUUGGAGUGCAAACUACGAAAACACUCAAAGCUAUUUGGAUAUGCCUGGCUACAUGGAUUACAAAUACAACACACAACUACUGAACGCUUUAGAAAGGCACAGCCAGCAAGGCGGCAUCUAUGAGCUGCUAUGGGCGUACUAUGUGGCCUGUCGUGACUUGGAGCAGCCGGCACUAAAUGAGCUGCUGCACUUGCUGGAGCCUCAAUUGGGUCUGGAGUGGCCCAUUUUUCGAAGCAAUCACAGCGAACAGUGGCGCAACGAAACCCGAUUCGAUUGGCUGGCCACGCUGGCCAAGCUGCGUAUCUAUGGCCUAAAUGGCGUCUUUAUCAAACAGGAUGUAAAUGUGCGACGCGAAAAUGGAUCGCAUUAUGUGUUGCUGUUGGCGCCGCAACCAGCCGAUGCGGACCCGUUGGGUGAACAGGAGGUAGAAGAUUUGUACGUAGCCUUUGGACUGGAUGAGCCACUGGCCAAGAAUCUGACCGCCAAGUUAAUGCAGCUGGAGUGGCGUCUAGGCAACAUUACGCUCCAGGAAGCUGAACAAUCGACGGACAGCCUGACCGAGUGGACAUUCGCAGAGCUACAGCAACGGCUGCCCCAAAUUAAUUGGCGUCACUAUUUGGCAGAACUACUGGAUGCAGAUGUGGCGGAUUCAGUGCAGCUGUUGCAGGUAACAGCGCUCAAUGCCAGCUAUCUGGAGCAGCUGCAGCUGAUACUCGCAGAGAGCUCCAACGAGACAAUCUGUUAUUAUCUCAUGUUCAAGCUGCUCUAUGCAUUCAACGAGGAGUUGCCGCCAACCGGCUCGAAUGAAACGCGCUCCACGGCCUGUGUGCUGCAGCUGCGCGGUCACAUGCCACUGGCCAUGAACUACCUGUACGAGCUGCACUACUAUAGUGAACGACGUGCGACAACUGAUGCGGCGCUGCAGAAACUGCAGCUAAAGCUAACCAAGGAGUUUGAACGGCUGAUCAACGAGAACUAUUUGCAAUUAGAUGCAUUGGAGCUGUCCUAUGUGCAGGAGGAGCUGCACAGUCUGCGCCUCAAAAUAGGCAAUAUUCCACAAGGCCUAACAAUGUCCCAGUUGAUGACAUACUACAAGGACUUGCAGCUACAACACAAUGAUUUCUAUGGCAACAAGUUGCAGUUGCUACGGUUUUAUCAACGGCUCGACCAACAGCUGCUGACCAACCAGCCAGGCAUGUGGCCGGCCCAUGAAUACUAUCAGCAGGACGCAGUCGUGGCACGCAGCUCGUCCCCAGUGAAAAUCUUUCAAAAUGCCGUGCUGCUGCCACACGGCUACUUGCAACUGCCGCUGUACGAUGCUCGCCUCUCCGACUUGUUGCAGCACGCCCAACUGGGCUUCAUUUUGGCGCACGAGCUGCAGCAUGCAUUUGACUUAUUUCACAUUGUGUACGAUGGCCGAGGCAACUACAAUCAAACCGGGCUGGCGGUGCUACAGCAUUUUGCCAACUUCACCAGCUGCUAUACCGAGCACAAUGCCCAGCAGCAGCUGCUGCUCUCCGAGAGCAUGUCGGACAUUGUGGGCUUACGCCUGGCAUUUGCAUCCUACUUUGAUGGUGUGCCACCCACUGACCGCCCACCCGUGGGCAAUUACACACAGCAGCAGCUCUUCUUUAUCAACUCGGUGCAAUUCUUGUGCGCCAACAUGCAAGAAAUUACGGGCAUGAGCAUCACGCAGGAUGCGGAGCACGGCCUGCAUAAUGAGCGAGUCAAUCGCAAUUGGCCGCAUCACGAGCAAUUUGCCAACGCUUUCAACUGUGCUGCCGGCCAGGCCAUGUACCAGGCGGACAAGUGCCGGCUGUGGUGAGCUAGAGAUCUACUACGAUAUAGAGUGUUGCGUGCGCCUAAUAUAGUCAAUAUCGAUUAACAGUCAGCACAGUUUAUGCAUGCUGGCUGCCCAGGUGCAUAUUAAGUAGAUGGAAAAAGUGUUUUAUACACUCAAAUGAGAGCUAUACGCUUUGAAUAUAUUAAAAUUAUCUACUACGUUAUCUAAAUACAUAUACAAGUUAUAAUUGAUUAAACACAAAGUGAGUUUAAAGAAGUCAAGGAAUUAUUUUUGUUCUCUUGAUCAGUCACUCGAAUUGAGUAGAGAGUAUCCACUAGGUUAGUGCUUUUCCACGCAAAUGAUUAAUAUGAGCACGUAAAUGACCUUGGAUGGCAUAAGGUAACAACCACUACAACAACCAGAGUCCACGCAGCAAUAACAAUAACGUGCAUAAAUUACGCGACCUCCAUUAAUAUGUAAAUGCGGCCACGCCCUCAUUCAUCCAUCCAUCCGGCCAUCCAUGAUGUCAGCGCUACAUUGUCAAAAGGCUCAGCUUGCUGUGCAAAUUAUCCGCAUCAGGCCAAGGAACCAAUUGGACGCGGAUCGGGUUAGGGCGCAGUGGGCAGCGGGCGCGGGCAAUGACUGUCAUAUGUUGUGUUAUAUUGUAUUUUAUUUAAUUUAUUGUCGCGCAUAUUUUGACGGCAAUUUAUGUGGCCCACGCACGUGUUGCAUUUGGAUGCAGUGCUCGCUCGAAAGCC